UCCGCCGCCCAGCAGACGAGCUUUGCACUGCGCCUCGCCUCCGCCGUCUCCUCCCCCUCCAACGCCGACGGCGCACGCGGCAACGUUGCCUUCUCUCCGCUGUCCCUCCACGUCGCGCUCAGCCUCAUCGCCGCCGGCGCCAGCGGCGCCACUCACGACCAGCUCGUCGCCACGCUCGGCGCAGGCGAGGCCGAGGGGCUCCACGCGUUCGCCGAGCAGGUGGUGCGGCUCGUGCUCGCCGACUCCUCGGGCGCCGGCGGCCCGCGCGUCUCGUUCGCCAAUGCCGUCUUCUCCGACGCGUCGCUGCCGCUCAAGCCGUCCUUCAAGGAGGUGGCCGUGGGAAAGUACAGAGCCGAGACCCACUCUGUCGACUUCAAGACUAAGGCUGCCGAAGUGGCUGGUCAAGUGAACUUAUGGGUUGACCAAGUCACAUCGGGUCUCAUCAAAGAGAUACUUCCAGCGGGGUCCAUUGAGGCUGACACGAGACUGGUUCUUGGGAAUGCAUUGUAUUUCAAAGGAACUUGGGUUCAGAAAUUUCAUGCAUCGGACACUAAAGAUGAUAAUUUCUACCUUCUCGACAAGACAUACUUCUUCCAAAAGCACAAGACAAUAAAAGCACCAUUCAUGUCUAGUACAAAGAACCAAUAUAUUUCGUCUUUUGAAAACUUAAAGGUACUUAAGCUUCCUUACCAGCACGGCGGGGACAAGACGCAGUUCUCCAUGUACAUACUUCUUCCAAAAGCACAAGAUGGUCUUUGGAGCUUAGCAAGAAAGUUGACCUCUGAACCAGAGUUUCUGGAGAAGCAUAUCCCUGCUCGAGCGGUUCCAGUCGGACAAUUCAGGAUCCCUAAGUUCAAGAUAUCAUUUGAUUUUGAAGCGUCCAAAUUGUUCAAGAGUUUGGGACUCCAACUUCCAUUCAGCACAGAAGCAGAUCUUUCAGAAAUGGUUGAUUCCCCGUUGGGACAAAGUCUGUGUAUCUCAUCUAUAUUCCACAAGUCAUUUGUAGAAGUGAAUGAAGAAGGAACCGAGGCUGCCGCGGCAACUUUUGCGGUAGCCAUGUCUAGAUCGCUUUCAGCAGUUCCUCCCAGGAAGGUGGAUUUUGUCGCUGAUCACCCUUUCCUCUUCGUGAUACGAGAAGACGUGACCGGUGUGGUGCUAUUCGUCGGUCAUGUGGUCAAUCCUAUGCUUGCAGCGUAGCGUGUGUAACUGUGUAUAGUGAACCAUUGUCCAUGGUGCAAGCGUGAUCGUGACGGCGUCCGUCACAGGAAGGCCUUUCUCCAUCUUGUUGCUAGUCCAAUAAAUGUACGUAGUAGUACAUGCUCCUUUUCCAAAACUAUAAAAGAGUUGCAUGUGGUAUGAUGUUUUGGCUUUCAAA